UUUUCGUUUUAUAAACCAAACAGGUUAGUGAAAGCUUUUUUUAAUCGUGGGACGUUUCUCUCUGUACACCUUUCUGAAAGUCAGUUUUCUGUGAAUUGGACAAAUACGAUGCAGUUUGUCUCCUUCGGACACAAUCCCUCUUUCUACUGUUUGUACAAAGUGACUAGCAGAUAAACUGUGCUGUGCUGUGAGUUCGAUGUGUUUGUAUUAUUAAUUAUAACAAAAAAAGGGACAGACGGUCUUCUUUCUUUCCUCUUAUUUGAGCAAGUUGGCUUCAGUCUACGGGUUAAAAUACAAGAGAGAACCAAAAUAAGAGACAAAUCAGAUUUUCCAAGUAAUAUUUGUAAUGUGACAAACUAAAUACAUAUUUUGAAUUUAGAAAUCUAAUAAAUAUUCUCAUUAUGUGUAUAAAAAUAGUCGUACAAAUGUCUCUAAAUUUUUAGCAUUAGUUUUUUUCUAGCAUCCCUCCCAAAUUGGUUGGCAUGUGGAUGUCUUUUAUUUUUUUUUAUUUAUUUAUUUAUUUUUAAACAUCAAAUAUAAAUUGUACUUUUGUAAAUUAAAGGUUGGAAAUGUGAUAUUAUGCUAGUGCAAUGAGACACGCUGCAUUGAUUUACCCAACAUGUUUAGUUUUAGUUUUUUUGUUUGUUUUUUUCCAGUGAUUCCUUGUAUUUUGAGCGCUUCUUGUCUGCCAGUCCCAAAACUUGCACUCCUCAUGGAUUAUGGACAAUAAUCUGUAAUUGGGUUACAGUAAAUUGUGUUAUGCAACUUGAUUAGCAGACUCCUAUCCGUCUGGCCACAUGCAAGUAGAUAAAAACUCUUCCUUCUCAUAAAUCAGGCGUCCAUUCCAGAAAUUUUUAUAAUGUAUAUUAUAAAAUAUACAUCACUCCAACUAUAUAUAGUUAUAUUACUUUCUAGAAUAUCUGCCUUUCUAAUUACCAAGUGACUGGAUUUUGUUUCUUCUCUUCUCCCCUCUUGUGUUGACUGGAGUGAUGGCAAUAUGCAGUGCAGAUGCAUGCAUGGUGAUCAACAAAAUUAGAUUAGAGCAUAGGAAAAAAAGGGGGGUAAUAAGUAUACAAAUGACAUGCUCAAGAUUAAUUUCCUCAUGCCAUAUGUGAUACCACAAGAGGCUUCUGCAAGUGCUUUUUAGAAAAUAAGGGUUUCCUUGCUAUAAAAUAAUUUUUCAGAGCAAAAUAAAACUUCCCAUGAUCUUCUUUUAAGUGAUAUAAAGUACCUUUGGCUGAUGUUGGUAAAGACUGGCAGAAACAAACAUGAAAUACAAAAAACUUGUUCACUUUCUUUGCUGUACAGAAUUACUCUAUAGCAUUGUUUUUAGAUAUUUUUCUGCUUCACCAGAACUAAUUUCACUUGAUGGCUGCUCAGCAAGUUUUUGCUUAAAUCUAAUUAGGUGUAUUAAAGCAAGAAGACCAUUAAAACAUUCAAGGAUGUGUUCCUUGAAGGACUAUUUUAAUAUUGUAAGAAUACAACUGAACCAAAAGUUAGUGUCAGAAGUGGGAUUCGAACCCACGCCUCCAGAGGAGACUGCGACCUGAACGCAGCGCCUUAGACCGCUCGGCCAUCCUGACUCCUGCAAAUCACCCAGCCGUAAAGAUUUAUGAACAUGACAAACACAUGUGUAAAUUUACUGUAAAUGUACAGUAUAUAUAUGUAUAGAUACUAGAUACGUACAUUGACAUAAAAAGACAUAACGGUAAUUAAAAAAAAAAGAAAAGGAAUCACUUUAUAACUGACAGUGCCGCAAAUUUCCGAAAAACCCGUAUGGUUACUUCUCUUCCUACUUUAUAAUGCUAAGUGUUUGUCACAAUGAUGAAAGGAGUGUUGCUGCUGCCCCACCUAUAACUGCAACAGUCAACGUAAAGGUGUUAUGUUGUCUGUUGCAGACAGACAACGUUGCGUUAGACAACCCCUUUACGUUUUUAAACUUUAUUAUUUAGGAGCGUGUUGCUCAGUGUACCAGCAGUUAGCUCAGCUAGCAGGAGCUCGGCGCAUAGCAAUCCGCCUUGAUCUCACAUAACCUACAGUCAUGGCCUCUUUCUCUCCACACAACUUCUCCUGGGUUGAACCCGGGAAGCUGGCCGGGUUGGCCAUGCCCAGGAUGCCGAGUGAAUACCGCUAUCUGCUGGACAACGGAGUCAGACACCUGGUUUGUCUGUGCGAGAGGAAACCACCGAACCACGACACCUGCCCAGAGCUGCAGCUUCACCACAUCAAGAUAGUCGACUUCACUCCUCCUUCUCCCAGUCAGAUUGAUCAAUUUCUCUCCAUCGUGGAAGGAGCCAACUCCAAAGGAGAGGGCGUGGCCGUCCACUGCAUGCACGGCCACGGCAGGACGGGCACCAUGCUGGCCUGCUACCUGGUGAAGAGCCGGAAGAUGUCCGGGGCCGACGCCAUCGCAGAGAUCCGCAGGAUCCGGCCCGGCUCCAUCGAGACCCACGAACAGGAGAAGGCCGUGGUGCAGUUCUACCAGCGCACAAAGUAGCUCUGUGCAUGCAGAGCAUGAAGUCUGCACUGGAACUGGAUGCAGUCAUCGUUUUGGAAAUGAGAUGUAGAAUUAGGGAGUGUGUGUUAAAAGUGUAUUCAAUUUAAAUUAAUCUCUAAUUGGUGUUACUGGGACAAAUGUUUCUGGUUUUAAAGACACACACCUGGCCUUGUUUGCUGUACUGCACCUUGGAAAAGCGCUCAUUGUUUCCCAUUUUGUCACCUUUCAACCAACCACUUUAACAUGUUUUAGUCAGAUUUUAUGGAAGCGGCAAGUUUCGGUUUUCAAAAAGUCCAUAUUUAGGUCUGGGCUUUGACUGAGCCGUUACAACACAUGGCUGUAGUUUCAGGCUCGUCGUCCUGCUUCAAGGUAAAUCUCUGCUCUAAUUUCAGGUUUUUCACAGCCUACAGGCGUUUCUCUCUCCCUUCUUGUGGAGAAAAAAAGUGUCAUGGUGUAACCUAAUUCCUGACUUUCUUUGCCCUUUUCCUUUGUCUUCAUGACGCUUUUUAAUUAAUGUUACCUAAUGAACCUCCGAAGCCUUCACUGAACAUCUGUUAAUAAUUCUGAGAUCAAAUUAUACUUUUUGUCACGUAAAAUCCU